ACCAGUUGUAGAGUAACACAGAGCUGCCGCCAGCGGAGUGAGCUUCUCGCGUUUUUCCACGAAAAGACGCGCACAACAUUAAACAUACAUACCACCACCAACAUUCCUCAUACCCAACAGCAACAAACACAUACUCCGCAUAGUCCCGCCACUGAUCGGAUUGGAGCCAGUUCAUUGCGUCUCGAGGAGGGGCAGCCUCAAGAGAAUUGGAGACCGCCGAGAUAUCCCAAUCAUGGCUACGUUCAAAUCCAUCAACGUACUUCCAGACUCGGACAGCGAGGAUGAGAAUGAUAACACCCAAGAAAUCCAAAUCGAAGAGGCAUUGAAGCUCUACCAGCAAGCAUUGCGUCACCACACAGAUCGCCAGUGGGAUGAAGCGCAGAAGGCCUACGGGGAGCUUUUCCAAUCGGAGAUAUUCCAGAUUGAUGUUGAAGAGCAGGUCCACGGCCGCACCAAUAAUGUUUCGUCGUCGCUACCACUCGUCCAAUAUCUGUCGUUCAAGAAUCAGGGCGCCUUCAAACUCGACCGCCUGAAAGCGACAAUCUCCACCCAGAGCGAAGACGAAGUUCGAUCCGAAAUCACGCAGGCGCUGCAGUGGUUUGCUACGGCGUUGGAUCGGGACACCGGCGAUUCUGCGCUGUGGCGGCAAUCUGCACAGCUGGCGCUCGUUCUUUCGUCGGCCCGCUUGGCUCGGUUUGCACUAGAAUCGGUUCUCGAUCAUGAAACGAUUGGUACGGACGCCUCGAAGGACGCGUUAUCACUCGUCAUCGGCGGAAAUCAGAAUCCAGAAGAACACCUCGCCGUGCUACAACUACGCAAGAUCCUGGAAGGCCUCGGCGAUACACUGAGCCUGUCCGACGAGCGCUUCAAGGGUCUCAAGGGCAGGAGGUUGAAGAAAAGUUUCGUCAAGUUUCUGAAUCCGUUGCCAUGGUUACAAGCACCUCUGCCCGGUUGUGUGAAAACACUGGCGACCAUGACCGAUGAGUUCUCGAAGAGACGCAGGGUGGUUAAUGUGCCAUUCAGGACAUGGGCUGCCGUGGGGAAGGCCAUCCUCGAUUCGCUGCUGGAAGAACCUGAGGACGACGAGGUUGUUGUUGUUCCUGCGCAUUCGAAUAUCCUUCAGAUCGUCUUGCCGCACUAUGAAAGCGAAGAAGAGUCUCGACAUACCACUCCGGAUGAGCCAAGUCCCCCGGACUCUACCUCAAAGUCGGAAAAUGCUGUCGCCGAUGACAAUGACGACCUCGCCAUGACCGAUGCGGCAUCGAACCUGGCUACAGCCGCAGUGAACGACCGCCGGCGCAGUGCGUCCGCCAACAGAAAACGAAAAUCCACGUCUAUGGGCGGUGAUGGUGCGGAUUCGGGAAGGUCGCGGCUGAGCAAGAGGCAACGUGACAAAAAGGCAGCAGAUGCGGCAGCAGCAGAGGCCGCAAUGACCCCCGAGAGCAGGGCGAAAGUCCGGCAAGAUGCUCAAGAUGAGAAGCUAUUCAAUACUGCCGACGAUUGCUUCUCUCCCUUUGGCCUGUCCCUGGGAAACGCUCGCGCACUGAAGUUUAGCCCCCCUGAUGUUUCCACGGAAAAUAAUGACCAUCCCAAAACCGAUGAACUGUGCUUGGAAGACUUCAAGGCCAUUCUGCGGACAUGGGAUGACGAUAAGGGUAACGUGAUACUCUACGGUGACGGGAUCCAGUCUCCUGCUGAAGCCGCCCAGGGUAUGAGCUUUCUGGACCUCGAAGCCAACACCCCGAGUCGUCCACUGCUUGCGGGCGAUGAAGGGCUGCGGAAAUGGGUCAAGAGCAUCAACUCGAGAGGGUUAGGUGCAGAACAGGCCGCGUUUGAAUGGCUGAAGGCUCUCUGCCGGAAAGACCUGGACUCUCGGAAUAAGAAAUCGCGAGGUUCGUCUGUCUCCAGUGGACAGAGCAGUUGGGUCAAAUACAACUGGCCCGACUUCCUAAAAAUCACCGUACUCAGUGCCGUCGACAACUGUGAAGAGUCCUGUUAUCAGCACCUCAAGAACGUGGACGUAAGGCUGAGCGAGCGCUCGAAAGAUGACCAAUCGAAUCAAUUUACGCCAGAAGAUUACGCGGAUGUCGAGUUUGCGGAGACCAUACUGGAACUAUACAUUGAUGAUCUCGCGGCCGCCGAGCGGGACAAGAGCGGCAGCGAUGUCAGCGAGGAUGUCGAGCUCGAGAUCAAACGAGAGCGAGCGGUCAGAUGGAAAUACCUUGUCGGGGACCUUAUGCAUCACCGUCCCCGAGACGCAGACGGGCAACUGGAGGAAGAUCAACUGACACUUCGCUACAUCUGGGCGACAGCCGUGAUGUCUGGAUUCACAGAGUAUUCGUCGCGCGAGUUCCGGUUGGAAUGUUUCGAAGAUCUCAAGGUCUUGCUCGCUGAACGGGAAGCUCCGCCGAUCGAUCUCCCGAACAGCAGCGUGAUGCCAGAGAUAUCGGCUGUAAGAGCGGAACGCGAGCUUAGUAAGCUCAAAACCGUGGAUUUCUUCAGCACGAUCUUUGCGGCAACAUCGGAUACGAAUGAGAAGGCUCCGGAAGAAGUGAUUGAGAUACUGGAAGCGGUUCUGGAUCCCGGUGCGAUAUUGCCUUACGAUGAGGAAGAGGAACGAGUUCUGCACGAGAUUGGAAGGUUCCUCGAAGGCUCAAGCGCAAUGUUCAAGCUCCAUCUGUGGGAAAAGCUGAAAGCUGCUUACGAAAAGGUCAAGCAUCCUCCCAAGGUACUCUUGUGCACAUACAAGUGUAUUCAAGUCAUCAUGAGCGAAUUGAAGAGUCGCAGCUAUAUCGAUUCCUCGCAAGACCACCGACAAUUCGUGCUCCUCCGAUCAAUGCGACUGAUCAAGGGACUAAUGGGCAAUGCCUUGGUUCUGGCGAUGGACAAGACGAACAUGGCCGAACUUACAAAUGCCGAAUUGAAAGAUGCGCUGGAAUCUAUCUUGGCUAUGCUCAGGAUAUUGCAUUGCUAUACUUUCUGGGAAAACGCUGUGAUGAAGUCCGAGGCCAAGGCUAGCGAUUUGCACUCCUACAGACUCGUGAUCAUGAAAUUUAAGGAGCUCCUUCUUCAAGGAUGGAUCAUGUCUUACCUUUUAUACGCAACGAUGCUGGAGCGGGGAAUGGGCUCAGACAAGGAGGGGGGUUGGACGGAAGUAGAGAAGGAAGAGAAACUUGCCGGCCUACUCCGAGAUCUCCAUGAAGAACUAGGGGGCCGUCAUUACUGCAAGUUGUCGAAUCAUCUCUUCCUCAAGUUGAUGUUUGAUGAGUUGCUCAGAUUCAACAAUCGAGAAUACGACAGCGAAAUGCUGCAGGUGAUCCAUUGCAGGUUUCACCUGACUCUGUGCUCGGAUCAGUGGUAUUUCUGCGAGCAUAAGACGAUCGCCGAAGUCCUUGACAGGGACACGGCGUUGAAACUGCUGGACUUCAUCAUGUUUCACGCGUCGAAGAAGAAGAUUGCCCAACUACAGAAAUCAGACCUGAAAAUGGGUCUGGAUAAGCUGGUUGAGGUCUUCGGCAUUCCGCGAGCGGGAGAUAGAUCGGCAAGAAUUUCCCACAAUCUUGCCGUCAUGGACAACUACCUAAAGUCGUCGAUAAAUCCCCUCCAAAUGUUCAGUUGCUUAAGGGGCGAUCUAAACAUUUCCACGGUCGAAAUCUUUGGCGAACGGAAGGCGAUCGCUGCGAAGGGCUUGUUCUUCCUCCAGGGAAAAAUCGCGCUCUACCAGUUGAAAAACAACAAGAAGAUUGGUUCUCUGAAGACGGACGAACUAGAGGCAGCAGUCAAGUACCUUAGGCAUGACUUGGCUUGCAAUCCAGACUCGUGGGAAACAUGGUACCGUAUGGGCCAGACGUUCGAGGUGCAAAUGGAGGAUGCACAGACCUGGAACUCAGAAUAUAUGAACGUAAAGCGGGCAGAGCUUGUGGCGCUGGAACGGCGGACAAUCCUGUGCUACAUGAUGGCCGUGUCUCAUUCCAUCCAGAAUGCCGACGACGAACCGGAAACCAACAAGAUCAUAGCUGAAUUAUAUACGGACUUUGGCUACCGUAUCUAUUCCGCCAGUCGACCACCAAUGCUGAUGCAAAGCUUCUGGACUGAUGGAUUCCUACGGCAGUUUUCCGGCCAGAACGGACAAGGCUUGUACACCAGUCGCCCUCACAGUGAGCUCAAUCAUCACACCGCACUGCGCUAUGCUCUUACCCUGUUCUCGAGAGCAGCGGAUGAAUGCGAAGACAACUGGAAGAACCAUUACAUGAUGGGAAAAUGUAUGGCCAAGCUUCUCGAAUGGCGCGACUAUGAUGUCGAAGACAUUCUCCAGCAUUACAUCAAUGCUAUCAAGCUGUGCCCCGAGAAAGGCGAUGUCAUCUUCGAGCCCCAUCACAAGCUCGUCUCGGCGGCUACAAAAUUCGUACUCGCGGAGAGGUUACAGCCAAAGCGUGCAUGCGAAAUCCUUGAGGCAAGUCGAUUCUCGAAGGGGAUAGACCACGUCGAGGACCGCGCCGGCUUCAUCCUUUAUGUCCUCGAGGUCUUCAAGAAGAUGAAAGCCGCCGACAAGCAGAAAUGGCACCACCGGAUGACGAACCGCAUUGCCAGACUGCGAUACGUGGAACUCAAGGACCCCGCAGGUGCGCGCACCGAAAUCUCGUCGCUUUUCACGAAAUCGGCGCAACUGGCCAUCUGGAGACCGGAACAUGAGCGCUCUGGGCGUCACUUCGUGUACGCGUCACAGUACACUAUGUUUCACGUUGAGCUCCUGGCGAAUGUCGGGGACCGGGCGACCAUGGAGACGGUUGCGAAGCGAGUGAGGAGAUUGCCACACGGGCUAUACAGACAUCCAGAUGUGUGGAACUUCGUUUUCGAGAAAUACAUCGUUGUUCUCCGCCGCUCGAUUCCAUACCGUAUCGAGGACGAAGUGUUCAAAGACGUGUCAUUCGACGACUUCACCAAUUACUCGCAAAAACUAGACACUCACUGCAACAGUCUCAAGGACACCCAAUGUCCCGUCCUCGACACCGUCCGCGAAGUCUUCGAGCUCCGCCGGCUCAACGGCGGCCUGGCAAAGCAUUCAUCCAUCGACGACCUGCUCGCCGAUUCCUACGCCAUGCUCUGGCAAGAGCUAGUACCCGCCAUCAUGGAAGCCGAAAAGUCUCAACACAACCCCAUGAGUCUCAAGAACAUGAUGUUCGACGCCGCCCCACCGCCAGUACUACCGCAAUCACCGCAGCAACCCGCCAAUCCCGCCGCAGCAACAGACCCGGCAGGAGCACCACCGGGCGGGGCAAAACUGGACCUGGACCUCCCCCUGCGUGCAAAAAUGACACGUGUAACCCGCCGCGAACUGAUCAGCAAAGCUACCAAUCUCUGCAAAGAGAUCGCGCAAGCCUCCACCUCCAGCAGCACCGCAGCCGCAAAGAGCGGAAGCACCGGGCCCAGUAGUCCGAAGGGUAGGCCUGCGGAAAUGGCAACGAGCGAUGAUGGCAUGCAGCGAGAUGAAGACGCUGAUUUGUCGGCGUUACCGCCGCCGCUUCCACUGGAUAUGUCGAUGUCGAUGGGAAAUUAGUGUAGUGUGACGUGGACUUGAGUUGUGAUGGUUGCUUCUUGUUUUCACCUUUGUACUAGGAGUUGUCGGGUGUCUGCCUUUACCUAUCUUUUUGCUGAAUCUGAUGCUUGCUGCUGGGAAUCUUUCGCCCGACGUGAACCAUACUUCUUAUAUCAACAGCUUCUGGUAAUAGAG